CGGACUCAAAACACAAACACACAAACUUGUUUGUGACUUCGUGUGAGCGUGUGCUUUCGGAUGAAAUUUCAAGACUGAAAAGAUAAAAAUGGCUUCCAAGAGCUUCCGGGUGGACGAUUUUCUCGCCGGAUGGGUCGGAGGGGCGUCCAGUGUGGUGGUGGGACACCCUCUGGACACUGUCAAGACGCGACUACAGGCGGGAAACGGCUACAAGAACAUGAUAGACUGCAUCAUCACCAUCUACAGGAAGGAGACGGGGCGGGGCUUCUUCAAAGGCAUGUCAUUCCCGCUGGCCACCAUCGCGGCGUACAACUCGCUGGUGUUCGGCUUCUUCAGCAAUGCGCAGCGAUUCUUCUGCAAGCGUCGCUACGGCGACGAGCGCCACCCCGCCAGCCUGAACGACGUGGCGGCGGCCAGCAUGCUGACCGGCUUGGUCUCGGUGGCCCUGGGCGCCCCCAUCGACCUGGUCAAGAUCCGCCUGCAGAUGCAGACGCACACGGCCGUGCUGGCGGAGAGUUUCCAGUUGGCAGGCGGCGUUUCUCACAACAUGGCCGCAGCGGCGCCGGCGGGCGUGCGCUCGCUGCACGUGUCCAACGGCGGAGGUGGCUGCGCGUACCGUGGGCCGCUUCACUGCAUUGGCAGUGUCGUGCGACGCGAGGGCAUCCAGGGUCUGUACCGUGGCGGCGGGGCCAUGCUCCUCAGAGACAUCCCCGGCUACGCCCUCUAUUUUGUGCCCUACGCCGUCUUCUGUGAUCUCCUCAAACCAGACGGCGCCACGGUACCGCACCCCUGUGCCAUAUGGCUGGCUGGCGGACUCGCAGGUGCUGUCUCCUGGGUGACGGCCACACCCGCCGACGUGGUAAAGAGUCGCCUACAGGCGGACGCUCACCUGCACAGGAAGUACAAGGGCAUUCUUCACUGCAUCCUGCAUAGCUACAAGACGGAAGGAGCACAGGUGAGUGUGUGGCCGCCCUCUGCUGGACGCCGCCGUAAGCGCCCUCAAUACCAUGCGAAUGUUUGCAUGACAAUUCCAAUUCCAAAGGUCGCCAUUGAACGCCGUGUUUAUGUGUCGUCGUGCGUGUGUAGGUGUUCUUCCGCGGCGCGUCAGUGAACGCCAUCCGAGGCUUCCCCAUGAGUGCCACCAUGUUCUUGGGCUAUGAGCUCUCGCUGCAGUUCUUCCAGAGCAUUUAGGGGGCACAGCUGUUGCCGUGACAACCCUUCUCGUCGUUGGUUUCUUCUAUGCGAGGUUUAGCGGAAAUCCCUGUCGAACUUGCAAUUGUCAGUUUAGUUGCACACAAGUUUUUUUUAGUUUUUUUUUUUUACGCCUCAGAACGACAAGUGCUAUUUUUUUUUUUUACAUUACACCUAGACAAAAUAGGAGGACAACUUUUAUUUGGACAUUAGCUAUUUUCAAAAAUAAUGUCUUCAGAAUGAUGUAGUAUAGUGUAAAUAGUUUGUGUUUCUUAUAUUAAGAAAAUGUAUUAUAUUAAUCCGAGAUACGUUACUUGCACAAUUGUAUAGCCUCAACAUACCAAACGAUAUACUGUGUAUAUGAAAUAAAGCAGUUACACUCAAUAAGGUGCAUUCCAACAUAAAGCGUGCAUAUUUGUUUUGUAUGAUAAAUGUUUUUGUUGCGGUGUGUUCAUGUCCAAACUGCCAUUCCAGUGUCUUUGUUCAAAAAUAAAACUCUUUUCUUAAAAUAA